UGGCCUUGGUCUGCGCACUAUCGUGUGGCAGGAGGAUACUGAUGACUGGAACGUCGCACAGGUUGGCGUAGACAAGGUCAAGCAGAACUACCAGAACAUUAUCAACAAGGCUGGUAGCGAAAGCCCUAUUGUUCUUACCCAUGAGAUCAACAACCAGACCAUGCAAAUGUUCGUUGAAAUGGAGCCUCAAGUGUCCCAGGCUUACAAGCACCUUGUUCCAGUCUCGGCUUGCCAAAACAUUACCAAGCCUUACGUCGAGGACAUUACUUACCCGAACUACAACGACUUUGUCAGCGGCAAGGCAAACUACCAAGGUCUCCCCACUGUGGACUCGAUCAAGACAAACCCGAAUGCUCAGUACGAGGUGAAGAAGGCAGGCUUUGCCAACCCGUCGUCGAGCUCGAGCAGCAGCAGCAGCAGCAGCGGUAGCAGCAGCUCGAACAGCAACUCGAAGAGCUCUGCUGUCGGUAUGCUAAGCAAGGACAUGCUUGCUACGUCGCUUAUCAGCACCAUGGUGGUGGUGGCUACGAUGAUGGUUCUGUAA